AGAAAAUCUCUGUUGUGUUCACACUUUCUGAAACGGAAGAUUCCUUCUUGUUGGUUUGCAUAUUUAAUGCAUUUCUGGAACUGCUUUGCUUUAUCCCAACUUUCAAAUUUCAAUCUUUUCUCUCAUUCUCUGCAAGUCUGCAUCAAAAACUUCACUCCCACUGCACUACCCCAAACACCAUAACUGCUCCAAAAAUAAAAGAAGAGAGAGAGAGAAAGAGAGAGGGCAAUGCCAUACUCCGUACAAGAAAACAAAUCCCAGAGAGCUUUGGAUUCUUGGGUAAUCAAAGCGUAUCAAGGAAGCUAGUUUUAUGUGUCUGGGAAGAAAAUGGCUGGUGGAGGUUUUAACGUUCUGUGGGCUCAGUCAAUGCCUUUUACCCUUCAAAAGUGUGAUGAGACAGGAUGAGCAUCAAAUAUUGGAUUUACAAGUGGAAAGUUAGUUCUCGUCUGAGAUUGCAGAAGAUGAUGAAGUGUAUUUGUUCUGGGGAGCAAUUCAGAUUAGAUGAAAUAAUUCCAUCAUCAGAGUCCCUAGCAACUCGGGACUAUUCAGCUUCAGCUUCAGCUAGCGGAUUUUCUUCACGAGCUGCUGGCGAGGCAGAUACAAAGGCAGAUGCCAGCAAUAUAGAAGAGGCUGAAUCAUCACUUCGUGAGAGUGGGUUUUUGAAUUAUGAGGAAGCCAGAGCCCUACUAGGACGGCUUGAGUAUCAAAAGGGAAACUUAGAGGCUGCACUUCAUGUCUUUGAGGGAAUAGACAUUGCUGCAGUUAUUCCAAAAAUUAAAAUUUCCCUUGCAAGAAGAUCUGACCCGCCCAGACGUAAUUCACAAAGUGAUGCCACCCUGCCAAUGUCUAUGCAUGCUGUAAGCUUGCUCUUCGAGGCUAUGUUACUCAAAACGAAGUCAUUGCAAGCUCUUGGGCGAUUCACAGAAGCUGCUCAGACGUGUAAAAUAAUAUUGGAUACUGUUGAAUCUACAUUACCUGAUAGUCUGCCUGAAAACGUUGCUACCGAUUGCAAAUUGUUAGAUACUUUAAACAAAGCUGUUGAGUUGCUUCCUGAGCUUUGGAAACACGCCUUUGCUCCCCAAGAAGUAAUUUUGGCGUAUAGAAGGGCACUACUUUAUAAUUGGAAUCUCGAUGUAGAAAUCAGAAGUAAAAUCGAAAUGGAAUUUGCCGAGUUUCUUCUCUACAGUGGUACAGAUGCAAUUGCUCCAAACCUCCGCUCACAGUCAGAGGGCUCCUUCAUACCGAUGAACAAUAUAGAAGAGGCCGUUCUGUUGCUUCUAGUUCUUCUCAAAAGAUCUAUCCUCAAACCCACGGGACAUGAGCCAUCUAUCUUGGAUCACUUAUACUUUGCAUUAUCAAUAGCGGGUGAACUUCGAGAACUUGCCUGUCAUGUCGAAGAGUUGCCCCCGGGUAUCGUUGGAGGAAAACAAAAAUUCACUACUUUGUCUCUAUGUUAUUACGCGGAAGGGGACAAUGCGGUCUCCUUGAAUCUGUUGAGGAACUUGUUAAACAAUAGGGAAAACGAGAACUGCAUACUCGAGUUACUAUUUGCUGCCAAGAUUUGUAAAGAGGACACCAACUGCCUCGCUGAAGGGAUACAAUAUGCUCGAAAAGCCCUUCCCAAACUCGAAGGGAAAUGUGAUCAAAUGGCUAGUGUUGCUAGUUGCUUACUCGGUCUCUCGUUAUCUGCUCAAUCUCGCAUCGUUGCAUCGGAUUCACAAAGGACCUCGAGACAGUCUGAAGCACUCGAGGCCCUCGAAACUGCCCAAAACUUGACGAGAGGACGGGAUCCCAAUGUGCUUUUUUAUCUGAGUCUGGAGAACGCAGAGCAGAGAAAGUUGGAUGCUGCGCUUUACUAUGCAAAGGAACUGCUGCGGUUGGAGGCCGGAUCGAGUAUUAAAGGAUGGAUUCUUCUCGCUCGGAUAUUGUCUGCUCAAAAGAGUUACGUAGAUGCUGAGAACAUAAUCAAUGCUGCUCUAGACGAAACGGGGAAGUGGGAUCAAGGAAAACUACUGCGAACCAAGGCUAAACUGCAAAUUGCCCGGGGAAAUUUGAAGGGGGCUAUAGAAACAUACACCCAUAUUCUUGCAGUUCUUCAAGUUAAAAGAAAAAGCUUUAGAGCUCAGAAAAAGCUAACCCAGAAAAUGAGCAACACCGACAGAAGUUUAGAAGUGGAAACGUGGCACGACUUAGCUAAUGUAUAUACAAACCUGUCACAGUGGCGGGAUGCAGAGCUUUGUCUUUCGAAAUCAGAGGCUAUCGCUCCUCAUUCUGCUUCGAGAUUGCACUGCACAGGUUUACUCUACCAAUCUCGGGGCCUAAACAAGGAAGCUCUGAGAUUGUUUGGGAAUGCUUUGGACAUUGAACCCGACUAUGUUCCAAGUCUAGUAUCCACCGCCAUUGUUCUCAAACAGCUCGGUUGCCAAUCAAUGCCUGUCGUGAAAAGCUUUUUAACUGAAGCAUUACGCCUUGACCGAACAAACACUUCUGCAUGGUACAAUCUCGGGUUGUUUUACAAGGAUGAAAAUGGCGCGUCUGCACUGGAAGCUGCAGAGUGUUUCGAGGCUGCCACUCUUCUCCAAGAAUCUGCUCCGGUUGAGCCCUUCAGAUGAUGCAAUUCCCAAACCGCGUUUAUGCAGGCAUUCAACCGAAACUUGUACAAUCCUUGCAGAUUAUGCAUAUUAUCCUUUUGUUUUUGGCAGUUUUAUAGUUCAAAAAUAGGACUAUUAUACAAGAUGUAUUUAUGUUCUUCAUAGAUUAUAGCUUGAGGAACAGAUACUUGGAAGAUGCAACUGUGUUCAUGUUUUGCUCUAUUUUUGUAUAUAAGAAUUAAGGUUUCCACCAUUUUUCUUGAA